AGGCGGUGCGCGAAUAUCACUAUCGAAACUCGCGGCGCUGGGCGAAUUUUUUUCUUUGUUAAUAGUAAUUUUCUUUCGGUCUAUUUAUUUUUGGGGGAAUUUUUAAAUACGAUCAUCGUCCAAUUGACUAAAUCUUCGCUAAUCUAGUUCCAUUAACGGUGCCAAGGAUACGAUUAUCUCUCGCGGUGAGCAUCGAGAUCAAUCAACCCUGCCUCACGAUGGAGGUCAAUGUCUUGACGUUACUUCUCAUGAUCGCAUCGAUGGGGUUGGCCAAGGCUACGAUCGCGAACUGGGAAGGAUGCGGUGGUCGACUAGAACGAGCCUUGGACGCUUUGAGGAGAGACACGACGAGGAGGACGCGCCCCGAAGACGAUGAGCCCGAGUCGGGAAUCAUAUACCAGCAAGUUUUACGCUCUGCACCACUGGAAAUGGUCGUGUCCCGGGUCAGCGUAAAGCUUCCGCAGGAUUCGAGAGGACGCGGAGGUCCUUGGGCGCAGGUAGAACGCUGCGUAUACGAGCCAAGUAACAAUUCCCUGCAGACGCGACUGGUCUUUAGCGAUCUGACAGUGUCAGGACGCAUAACUCUCCUUCCUCUUGAUUAUCGGGUCGCACUACCCGCGGAAUCUUGCAGAAUGACGUUGCGACUGCGACGCGCUGGGGUCGACUUUUACACGAGCCCGAUCGCUCGGGGACGAGGUCAAAUGCGUAUUCGUACAGAAUCUAGCUUCCUAGAGCCUCGCUUUGCUUCCAUCUACGCUUUUGGAUGCCGGCCGACUCGUGGUGAUAAACAAAUUAAACGACAGGACAAGUGGCCCCCACAGCCGACGCUUGUGAAUGGUCACGUAGCCCCGAAUAUUGUAAAGAACGUAGUUCCGGCGGGAAAUCCAACGGAGAACUAUGAGGAGGCAGAACCGCGCGAAAUUCCUUCAACCACGACGAAGGACGACGUCGUCGACGUCGAGAGGGAGAGCCGGAAAGCGCGUGCGCUGUUUCAAACGGAUCCACGACCCGGUAUCUGGCGUAAGAGCGACUGGAUAACUCGUUCGUCGUCGGUUAGACAACGAAGAGAAGUCGCUGACAUAACGCCGCAGGACUUCGCUUUGGCCCUUGCGAAGAAAGCUCGUGCAUUGUUGAUGGAAGACGCGGAAUCCUUGACGAAGGAUUCAGCAAGCGUAAUGAGUGCGAAGAGGCAAGUUGAGACUGGCGAUUCACAAGGUUCGAUUCACAAAAAUGGAAGCGAUGUGGGUCAUGGGGCAGCUACAAACUUACAGAAUAUCGAAGUUAAGGCAAAUUACAAACGCGAAACCACGGAGAUACCGAUCGUCGAAGAAACACUGAGACCCAGAGAAUUGCUCCUCGAAGAAGACCUCGCCGAUGACAUUAAUCUUGCAAAUGCCGACGAUUUCGAGGGAAGAGCCUGGCACGUGAGGGAAGGCGUAACCAGAGAAAUGGAAGACGUGUUUUUGAAAGGAGCUAGUCAGGCGUUGACAAGUUACAUCGAGAGGCAAUUACAUCCAGCCAUUAAAGAAACGCUGAUGUUAUCGAUGGGUUACACCAUCAGCUAUGGAUAAUGACACAACUUAAAGCGCAUUCUUCGCUCGAUCGACUGUGCGACGCAUCAGAAGCGGGAAAAUUAUGUGCAUGCAAAUUUUUUUUUUAAAUAGUACAGGCCAUGGAAAAUUAGGAAAACCGGAAUAUGUUUCGCCAACAGCUAUCG